CAGGAGUGUGUGUCACCUGCCCCGACAACUUGUUGAUUCCCGGGAGCGUCGCCUGUUGGGUCUGGACUCUCUGGCCCCCCUGUCCCCUGGGCGCAUCCUUGGGGAGUUCCGGAGACGCCCCGGGACAGCACGACCCCCAACUCCACACCAUGAGCAAGUUGGGCAAGUUCUUUAAAGGGGGAGGCUCCUCUAAGAGCCGGGCUGCUGCCAGCCCCCAGGAAGCCCUGGCCCGACUUCGGGAGACUGAGGAGAUGCUGGGCAAGAAACAAGAGUACCUGGAGAAUCGAAUCCAGAGAGAACUCGCCCUGGCCAAGAAGCACGGCACGCAGAAUAAGCGAGCUGCAUUACAGGCAUUGAAGAGAAAGAAGAGGUUUGAGAAGCAGCUCACGCAGAUUGAUGGCACCCUUUCCACCAUUGAGUUCCAGAGAGAAGCCUUGGAAAACUCCCACACUAACACAGAGGUGUUGAGGAACAUGGGAUUUGCAGCAAAGGCAAUGAAAGCUGUUCAUGAAAACAUGGAUCUGAACAAAAUAGAUGAUUUGAUGCAAGAGAUCACAGAGCAACAGGACAUUGCCCAAGAAAUCUCAGAAGCAUUUUCUCAACGGGUUGGAUUUAAUGAUGGCUUUGAUGAGGAUGAGUUGAUGGCAGAACUUGAAGAAUUGGAGCAGGAGGAAUUAAAUAAGAAGAUGACAAAUAUCCGGCUUCCAAAUGUGCCUUCCUCUUCUCUCCCAGCACAGCCAGAUAGAAGACCAGCCACAUCCUCCUUUGCACACCGAUCUCGAGCAGCAUCUUCUAGGAGAGCAGAAGAUGAAGACGAUGGUAUCAAACAGUUGGCAGCUUGGGCUACUUAAUGGAAAGGGAAAUUUAUUGACACCUACAUCAAUGAACUACACAUGAGACAUAAAAAAUAUUUUUGCCAAGUUCAGAAGUUAACAAAGACCCCACUUUAUAUUUACACUGGAUGAAUAAUUGUUUUUUAAGCCUCAUAAGUAAAAGUAAAGAAAUAAGAUGUAUGUAGACCCAAAAUGAAGGAGGGAAAAGAGCCUCCUGGUAGCAUCUUAAAGGAUUCCUCCACAUUGAUGGUAGGGGACACACGUCUGUCCCCUCUGUUCACUACUAUAUUUCCAGUCCUUAAGUUGAUGUUCUCUCCGUAUUUGUUGAAAGCUGAAUCUAAUGACAUGUACAAUAUGUAAUAGUUUACAAGUCAUUUUUGAGGGACAUGUUUAGGAUAGCUGGGGAAAUGUCUUUUCCUAUGUGAAUGCAAGGUUGCAUGUUGCAUAUCCUUGUCGCCCAUGGUAAAUGUAAAUACGUGGCAUCUCUUUUAGGAAAGGCUUCUGGUGGGAAAUCUAUGAGUCUAUACAUACAUAGUUUCACUUGAGUCUUGCAGUUUAAAAUCUUAAAGGAGCUUUAAUUGACAUUUAUUAUGCCAAUUAAGCCUGGAAUGGGGCAAUGGAUGCAUUUCCCAAAAUGUCUGAAAGCACUAAAGGCUUACACUGCUGAGCAAGAAUCUCUGGGGUGUAAUUUAGCCACUUAGGGAACUGCGUUAACACUCCCAGGCCAUUAUGAUGCUGUUAUGGCUUCUGUGCGCUAAAUGUGAGUGUUCAUUCUUUUCUAUUUUUUGCUCUCUUGCACUUUUUUUUUUUUUACGUGUUCCAGGAUACACUUUGUAACUACAUAAAAAUAUUGACAAUUAAAAGUAUGUCCUGAAUAAAAUUUUGGCCAUAAUUUUUUUUAAAUGAAAAUAAAUUACAAGAUUAUGUAUUACUCUUAAAAUGCCAUAAACCAAAAAAUGACAAAUACCCUUAUAUAAUGUGUUUUGGUGUUCUCUACAUUUAUUAGCAAUAUCGUGGAAUGGGAAGAACAUUAGACCUGAAGGUAGGACUCCUGGAUUUCAGUCCCUGCCCUACAGAUGGUACAUAUCAUAAAUUCUCUGAGCCUUUGUUUCUUCAUUGGGAAAUCUAAGGACUGAGAUGGAUGAUCCCUAAUGUUACCAUUCUGCCACUGGCCUUUUGCAUAUGCGUCUUUCCUUGGUAAUCUUCCUAGUCUGCAGAACACUGACACUAAAUCUCCCUCAUUCCUUAAAUCCUAGUUAAAAUGUCCUCUGUUUGGGGAAACUUUUCUUAAUUUCCCAAACUAAACUAAAUUAAGAAACUUUUCUUAAUUUUCCCAAACUAAACGUGUCCCUAUUAUAUACUUUUAUAGCACUCUGCCCUCUCUCAUAUUAGUUUUCAUGAUUUACAUUACAUGUUUACUUGAGUAAUUUUUAAUUGUUGUUUUCUCCUGUUGGGCUGUAGUAACCAUGAGGGCAGGGACUGUAUAGUUCAACAGUCAAUCUUCAGAUCUUUGCAGUUUCUCAUAUAUAGUAGGCACUAAAUCAACAUUUAUUAAAUGAAUGGCAAUUAAAAAUUUAGAUGCUUUAAACCAUGCUAGAAUAACAUAAACUAGAUUUGCCUUCUCUCCUUAAGCCACUGGAAAACUGGACAGAGUACAUGGAACUAAAGUUUUCAUACAUUGGACAACAGAUAGCAUUGAAUGGAGAUUCCCACCUAAAGGAACCAAUCACAGAGGCACUUUCAGCGCCCUGGCUCACUCCUUUACAGGGAAGGGAAACUCAAACAACCUGAUAGUCCUGCUGAGUUUAGGAAAUUUGUGGAGAAGAAUUCUGGAAAGGAAGUUGCUAUGGAGAGAAGGGGAGAGGGAGAGAGCGAGUGCCCACGCCAGAGAGUGAGGGUGCCCUGGCAGGCAGGCAGGCGCUGUGGCCUGAAGGUUCACAUCUUCCCAGAAUCUAUGCAUUGCAGUUCUAACCCUCAGUGACAGUAUUAGGAGACAGGGUCUUUGGGAGGUGAUGAAUUCAUGAGGGAAGAACCCUCAGGAUGGGAUUAAUGCUCUGAUAAAAUGGGCCCAAGGGAGCUUGUUGAUGACCUUCAGUCAAGUGAGGACACAGUGAGAAGUGCCAACUCUGAACAGAGUGAACUCUCAUCAGAUACCAUAUCUACUGGUGCCUGGCCUUGGACUUCUCUGCCUCUAGAACUGUGGAAAAUAAAUGUAUGCUGUUUUUAAGCUCCUAGGCUAUGGUAUUUUGUUAUGGCAGGCCUCAAUAGGAAAAUGCAAUCUAUAACUAAAAGAAAAAUCAAACAGUAGGAACAGACCCAGAAAUGACAUAGGUGAGAGACAGGGAGAAUGUGAAAGCAGCCCUUAUACUCCAUAUAGUCACUAAAACAACUAAUCAAUGUCCUCCAUGAUUUUAAGAAAGGAGAGGAAAUCAUCAUAAUGACCACAAGGAAAGUAGAAAAAAUAUGCAUAGAUCAAGCUAUUUCUAUAUAUAUAUAUAGAGAGAGAGAGAGGAGAGAGAAUAAAAAAAUGCAUGAUCUGAAAAGAAAAAUAUAUGAUACCAUGGAUGGUAUUAAUAGCAGAUUAAACACUGCUGAAGACAGAAACAGAAAUUACCCUAAAUAAAACAGAGUUUAAAAAAAUGACUGAAAAAAAAGAAAAGAACAGAGCAAUAUGGGACCAUAUCAAGCUGUCGAUCAUGUAGGUAACUAGAAUCCUGGAAUGGUGGUGUUGGUCUGGGUGAGUAGUUUGUUGGGGGCAGUUGGAGGAGGAUAUAGGACAGAAUAAGAAAAAAAAAAAAAAAAAACCUUUGAAGAAAUAUUGACACCCCCCCCCCCAAA